UUGGCGACACCAGUUCAGCGGUCAAACUACCGAAGAUUUCUUCCAUCAGACAAAACAGUUAAAGGAAUCUUUAUUGGAGGACUUACCGGUGGUAUAGAAAUUUGUAUAACAUUUCCGACGGAAUACGUUAAAACACAGCUACAGCUAGAUGAACGUUCAGCGAAACCAAAAUUUAAGGGACCAAUUGACUGCGUGAAACAAACUGUCCGAACUAAAGGUUUUUUUGGUUUGUACAGAGGCCUUUCAGUGCUAAUCUACGGUUCCAUUCCAAAAUCUGCAUUUCGGUUCGGAACUUUCGAGUUUCUCAAAUCACAUGCUGUUGACGAGAAGGGUAACCUACCGCCAGUAAUGCGGCUCUUGUGUGGCUUAGGGGCAGGGCUCUCUGAAGCGGUUUUUGCCGUUACGCCAAUGGAGACCGUCAAGGUGAAAUUCAUUCACGACCAAGCAUUAGAAAAGCCAAGAUUCAAAGGUUUCUUGCAUGGACUCAGAAUGAUUGUCAAAAUGGAAGGACUUAAAGGUCUCUAUCAGGGAGUGACAGCUACAAUGGCAAAACAAGGAUCUAAUCAAGCAAUAAGAUUUUACGUCAUGGAAACUUGCAAAGAUUGGUAUCGAGGUGGAGACAGUUCCAAAACGGUCAGUAAACCUGCAGUUGGCGUCUUUGGAGCAUUCGCAGGUGCCUGUUCGGUUUACGGUAACACGCCAAUUGAUGUCGUCAAAACCCGAAUGCAGGGGCUAGAAGCUAAGAAGUAUAAGAAUACUAUAGACUGUGCAGUACAAAUAUGGAAGAAAGAAGGAUUUUUUGCAUUUUAUAAAGGCACGGUGCCACGACUAAGCAGAGUUUGUCUGGAUGUUGCCAUCACAUUCAUGAUAUACGAUUCGUUGAUGGAAUUUAUUAACAGGCACUGGAAAGUGAAGAGUUGAUC